CACUAAUAUAUACUUCGUUUACAUUCAUUCAUCUAAAAUGAAAUCUCUAAAAAACUAUUUAAACCUACAAUCUCCGCGAACAUAUUGCUUAAAAUCUAGAUGUAAUAUACCACUUUCAAAACCAUUACCAUAUUUACCAAAUAUUAAAUAUUUUAAUGAAAAUUCUCAACUAUCAAAUGAAACAAAAAUAACUAAAUUAAGUAAUGGGUUAACUGUUGCUACCGAAAACAGAUUUGGACAUUUUUGUACAGUUGGAGUUGUAAUUGACUCAGGUUCAAGAUAUGAGGUUGCUUAUCCUAGUGGUAUUAAUCAUUUUUUAGAAAAACUCUCAUUUAAUUCCACAAAUUCAUACAAAGAUAAAGAUCAUAUACUUAGAGAAUUUGAAAAACAGUGUGGCAUAUUUGAUUGCCAAUCAUCUCGAGAUACAUUGAUAUAUGCGGCUUCAGCAGAAAUCAAAGGACUUGAAAAAGUAUUUGACAUAAUAUCUGAAAUUGUCUUGCAACCAAAUUUUACAGAGGAUGAGUUUAAAAUGGCCAGAAAGACAAUAUCAUUUGAGCUAGAGGAUUUAAAUAUGAAACCAGACCAGGAACCUUUGUUGAUGGAAAUGAUUCAUGCAGCCGCCUAUAGAGACAACACGCUUGGCCUUCCGAAAUUGUGCCCGAAGGAAAAUAUCCCUAUAAUAGAUCGUAAGCUACUAUACACCUACAUGAGGGAUCAUUUUAUACCUGAGCGCAUCGUUAUAGCCGGAGUCGGCAUUGAACAUGACGCGCUACUUGAAGUGGUACACAAAACCUUUCUCAGGAAAAUUCCAACCUGGGAAGGUUGUAAAGAGCUGACAGGAGUUAAAAUUCCUGGAUUCGAUGGCUCAGUCGCUCAAUAUACUGGCGGAAUCAGGAAGAAAGAAAAGGACAUGUCUGACAUCAGUUUGGGACCAAAUCCAUUGCCCGAACUUGCCCACUGCGUGAUAGGUUUGGAAGGUGUGGCACACUCUGACCCCACAUUCGUGCCUGCUUGCGUCCUGAAUGCCAUGAUGGGAGGGGGUGGCUCUUUCUCGGCUGGAGGUCCUGGUAAGGGUAUGUACUCGCGUCUCUAUCUCAACGUGCUUAACAUUCACCACUGGAUAUUUAACGCCACGGCUUACAAUCAUUCUUAUUCAGACACAGGCCUUUUUUGCGUGCAUGCAUCGGCCCACCCAUCCCAGCUUGCUGAACUCGCUGAAGUAGUAUUGAAGGAGCUUACAAAUAUGACCAAAAGCGUAUCUCAGACGGAACUUGAACGAUCUAAAAAACAGUUGCAAUCCAUGCUUAUGAUGAACUUGGAGUCAAGGCCCGUCGUUUUUGAGGACAUUGGUCGUCAGGUGUUAGCAAAUGGUUCCAGAAAAUUGCCGCAACAAUUGCUCAACGAGAUAAGUAAAGUAAGUGAGGAAGAUAUAGUAGUUGUAGCACAAAAGUUUUUGGCCUCCAAACCUUCUGUGGCUGCCCUUGGUACCCUCAAACAGUUACCGUCUUACGAACAAAUUCAACACGCGCUACUCGAUAAAAAUGGAAAAAUUUCGCAAAAUAGCCGUUACGGAUCUAUAUUUGCUUAAAAUAUUUAACAAAAUUUUAUAUACAUUUUUUUUUGUAAGAAAGUUAUGCUAUCAUGUAUUCAUUCUUUUUGUAAUAUUUGUUACAUUAAUUAAGAAGUUUUCGCUACACUUAUAGACGAUCUUUCUUUGAUAAAAUAUUACCUCGAAAUCAUUAAAUAUUGUGUCUAAAGUAUCUGCAUUGCACCAAAUGAUAAUUUUUUUUGUAAUUUUACUAAUUGUUUGAUAUAAUGUGUUUUAUUAUUAAAAUUGUUCUUACUAAAUCGUUACAUUU